CUAGAAAAAAUAAGCAGGUCUUAGCUACUUAUUUUUAAAUCAAUUUUUUUUAUUUUUUCGUUUUGACCAGAUUAUUUACAAAACUAUUCCCAAAGGUGUAGAAGAUGGAGGGGAGCUAGAAGGCGGCAGCUGCUGGGCCGAGUUGACUCAGGUGUGUCUCGUGAACGUACUCUCGCGGCUCACCAUGGAGGAUCGGUGGAGAUGCGCCAUGAUGGUGUGCAAGCCAUGGCUGACCGCCUGCAAGGACUCGUCCCUCAAUUCGGUUUUCGACCUGGAAACGGGCUUCGGCUGCGCCGCCGAGUUGCCUCGGUUUUGGACUCCGGAGUUCGAGCGCAGAGUCGAUUCCAUGCUCCGAUCCGUAGUUCUGUGGAGCUAUGGCUCCUUGACUGAAAUUCGAGCCCGACACUGCUCCGAUCGAUCCCUCUCUCUGGUCGCGGGAAGUGAACCAAAUCCCGGGAAAAGGCCAGGCGAGCCGCUGAGCCGGCUGGACCAGUGGAGUGAAUGCUGAGGCCACGUCCCUCCAACUUCGGAACACUCCUCAAUUCCAAGCGGGUGGAAGAACUUCAACACAAUCUGCAUCCUUCCCCUCAUCCAUUCAUCCUUGUAGAUCAUCAUCAUCAGCUUCUACACCAAGAAAUUCCCAAAUUCAUCCAACGACAUGAACUCCAAAACUCGGUUGAUGAUCCCAUUAAAUAUCAGUUGCACAUCUUGAUCAUACUCGUGCAGAGUACAUUGGUCAAUCCUGCUGCAGAGUACGUUGACUUGAUGAGACCGAGCCAAACGUGAAUCUGUUCUUCCCCCGUUGAUGGUGUUCAUAAACACCACCUUCAAACUUUCAUCAUCGGUCCUCAAGAACAUGACGAGGAAGAGGAGGAAGUUAUGGAGUACAGAGGAGGAGGUAAUCCCACUGAAGAGAAAUCAAUAAGAAGAUGCGGAUAUGGAGGUAUUAUGGGGAAUUUCCGAUCAGAUAUCCAACAUUGCUAAGAUCCGGCUGGGGUGCAGGAUUUUGCACAGGGCUUUCGAUCAAGAUGUGCGGAUGAUAUUUGACAAGAUCGUCCACCGAGUUUUGGAGUUCAUGUCCUUGGAUGAAUUCAGAAAUUUCUUGGUGCAGCCGUGGGCUCUUCCACCCUUUUGGAAUUAUGGAGUGUUCCGGGCAAACAAAAGAAUAUCAUGUUAUUACUGAAUCAAUUCAGGGAGAGGUA